AUGGAGAAGUUUUUGAAUAUCUCUCGCAAGAGUUCUUCUAAACCUAAUCAUAAAACCGGAACAGGUGAACCUACUACUGAGACUGUAGUUGACCUAGUUGAUCCAGGCGAAAGCAGUAUUUCAGAUACUGAUUCAUUUCACACUGGUGGACCGAGAGCAGAAAAUGAAAAACCUAAUAAAAGACAAAAAAUCUCGAAGGUUUGGAAAUUUUUUAAAAGAUCAAGUGAUAAAAAAUUGGCCAAGUGUCUCGAUUGUGGCAAAGAAUAUAAGACAAGUGGCAACACAUCAAAUUUAAAUGACCACCUAAAUAGGUUUCAUCCUAAUCUAUUAAGAAACAUACCAGUAGACAGUGAAUUUGGUGAUGAUUGUCCGUCUACCUUUGCUGGCUCCAAUACUCGUUCUUCUUCAAGGUCAGUAAGCCCAUUUUUCAGAAGACAAAUUGAGUACAGUGACAACUCUCUACGAAAAAAGCAGUUAGACAAUGCUUUAACAUUAAUGAUUGCCUCUGAUUUUCAACCAUUUAACAUAGUCAAUGAUACCGGCUUCAGAAUUUUUGUGAAUUUGAUGGAUCCUAGAGAUGUUCUCCCGAGUAAAUUUACCAUAAGAGAAAAAAUCAUGAAACAAAUAUAUGAUGACAGUCAUCAGAUGCUGAAAGAUAUAUUGAAGAAUGUCAAAUAUGUUGCUAUUACAUCUGACUCGUGGUCAUCGAGGGCUACUGAGUCGUAUUUGACAGUAACAUGUCACUUUGUUAGUAGUAACUUUGAAUUAAAAUCUGCAGUGCUCUCCACAAAACCAUUGGAAAAUGGUGUAAACCACACUGCUGAAAACAUUUCAUGCGCACUAAAAGAUCUUUUUGUGGAAUGGGGUAUAGAAAACAAAAUCUCAGGUAUCGUAACGGACAAUGCUGCGAACAUGAUGAAAGCAUGUGAUCUUUUGAAAAAGAAAAGUCUUCCUUGUUUUGCCCAUACCAUAAAUUUAGUGGUCCAAGACACUAUCAGUAUUUCUCCACUUAAGGAUGUCUUAAUAAAAUGUAAAGAAAUUGUCAGGUUUAUGAAAAGCAGCAAUAUAGCUGCAGACAUGUUCAAGAAGGAACAAGAUACUGCCACCCCAUAUAAACUCAUACAGGAGGUUUCGACUAGGUGGAAUAGCGCUUUUCAAAUGGUGAAACGAAUUGUUCAAACUAGUGAUGCACUCAAUAAAACUCUUUUGAAAAUUCCUAGAGCUCCUCAACCUCUAGCUGCGGAGGAAAUUAUUAUUUUGAAGGAAGUUGUGGAUGUUUUAGCAUGUUUUGAAGAAGCGACCACAAAAGUAUCUGGUACUAAAUAUGUUACCAUUUCUUUUGUUAUCCCCAUUGUUCAGGGAAUUCAUAACACUUUGGAAAAGAAGUUCUCAGAAAUGCAAACAGACGAAGGGAGACAAAUUUGCUUGAAAUUGCAAGAAUCUGUAAGAAAGCGUUUGUUUCUAUUUGAAAAAAGAACAAUUCCCCAAAUGGGGACAUUACUUGAUCCGCGAUUUAAACAAGAUGGGUUCAGAAAUGACGACAAUAUCAAAUCAGCGUUGCAUUUUAUGGAACAAGAAAUGAGUUAUGUAGAAAAAAAUGAAAAAGAAGUUACAUCCAUAUCAAGUGAUUUAAUCAAGGAAAGUUCUGAAGGUACUAGUUCAAGUUUUUUGGGAUCAAGCUCUCUAUUUUCUUUCAUGGACAGCAAAAUACAGCAAAGAAUAAAGUCAACCACAGCAGGUGUUAUUAUAAUGAAAAGGCAGUAUAAGGCUUUAUAA